ACUAUGGCCUUCUCUCCAGAGCAGCAAACCUUGGCAGUCUCCAUCCUCAGCCUGAUUGGGACGCCUCACAAACUGGAGGACUUGUCUGUGCUGGGCAGCCUGCAGCCCCUGUACCCGUGCCCCAUACAGGCCUCCGUCCAGAGAGGCCUCGGUCCUGAGAGCCCCAGCCUGCUGCUGCUUCUAAAGGUGAGCUCGGAGAAGGAGCUCCAGAAGUGUGUGCUGAGGAUAGCCAUAUACACACGGGAGCCACCCAGCUUGAGAGGCAGCACACUGGGUGAAGUGGAGGCUGAAUGUAGAGGGAGAGACUGGAGAGCAGAGAAUCCAUUUCACUUCACCAAAGAGCUUAACCCAAACAAGUGGAAUCUGAAAAAGAGUCUGAUCUCCCAGGAUGCACUGGUGUGUAAGGGGCUUAGCUGUCCUCCACAGAUCUUCAUCCUGCUCCAGUAUCAGACUCUUGCACAUCGCAUCAAAGCCACGGUCCUCAGAGCGGACAACCUGGAUGACCUUGCUCGCACGUCUCCAGAAGCCGAAUACCGGGUGGUGGUCAAUCUACAUCAUGAAGGCAGUGUGAUCAGCCGCAGUGAGACUAAAGCAGCCUCCUGUACAGUGUGGAAUGCUUCUUUCCUCUUUGACUUGCCUCCAGGAGACAUCUGUCAGCUGACGCUUAUGUUGGAGUUUUUAAUCAUGCAGAAUCGGGUCCUUUCGGAUUGUAAAGUUCUUGGUCAAGUCCUUAUUGGUGCAGAGGCUGCAGAUGCAGGACGAGCUCACUGGAGGGAUAUGUGUAGCCUGCAGGUGGAGCAGGCACGUUGGCACACUGUGCAACCUGAGCCUCUGUAAAGCUCUGACAAAUGUGUGCUGAACAGUUGAGAUCACCUCUGCCAUGAAGUGAACACAGCUUAUGACUCAAUUUGUACCUCAAAUGAUGUGUUUACUGACAUUGCAGGCAUAAUGGUGCAAAUACAUAUUUACAAUGGCCUUAUUUUAAUGUUCCAAACUGUGUUUGUUUUCUAGAGGAACAUACUGUAAGAGCAUUAAAUGUCCUCAUGAAUGUAACAAUGAGGGUCCAGAGUUUGUGUGCAGAACAAAGUACUUGUUCAUGUUUUGGGGCGAACUUCUAUAUGUUGUUCGAUUUAGCAGGAUGUAUUGACAAUUUCUUCAAUAUCUUUCAAAGUAAAGGGAACAAAGAAAUUCAAUUAAAUAAAGAAAUAAUUCUGUGAUUUUAAA